UGUAGUCUCUCUCUUCUCUCUCUUACAACACUCCAAAUCUCACUCUGCAAGAACAUCAACAGUGUUGCUUCUUUACUAAAUACAGACAAGUCGCAACAUAUUACUUGCUCUCUUUUGUAAUUUAACUUAUAUAUGUGUGAAUAGAAAAAGAAAUACAUAUUUGAGGUGUGUUCUAUCGUUUUCUUGAGAAUCCCUCGUGAAGUUCAUGUGGAAGUAUGGCGAAAGAGAUCUGGGACAGAUAGAGAGAGACACUUAAUGAUGGCAACGGGUCGCUUGCUUAGUAAAGCGGUACCGAGUAGUUGCCUAUAACUCCAAGAUUCAGUUUUGGCCCACUAAGCCGGUGGUGAUGUGAAGAAAAAAGAGUUUUGAGUGGUUCAGUUUGGGGGGAAAAAAAAAGUGUUUCUUUCUUAUUCAAAUUGAGAGCACAGCAACAAUAUAUGAGCUAAUGGCGUUUAUUUGAGUUCAAAGGUAGGAAAGUUUGUUCUUUGCCCUGUAAUUUAGGGGGGUUUUGGCUCUUGCUCUGUAUUUCUUUCUUUCUGGUGUCCAAAUCGGAAAUUAUAUGUUUCGAAGGAAUUUGUACUCGAGUUUUUUGGGGUUCAUCAUUGGGAUUGAGGAUUUCUAACUUAGAAAGUGCUUCUCAUAUGCUUACUGUUGAUAGGUUAGACAUAGAAUCUUUGAUUGCUUGAGAUUGGGCAAAGUUAUGAGGUGAACUAGAUUACGUUAUAUCUCUGAUGUGAUACACACAGAAGAUCUCGGGUUGGUAGAAAUUAAGGGCAUUACUCAUUCUCUGAUGUCUUGGCUUUAUUCAAGAAUAUUUUCAGUGGAUCGGUUUAUGUUCUGAUCAUGACCAGGGCUGUUCGAGAUCGGAUACUUAAGGAUGUGAAUGGUAACAUUAGUGAUCAUCUACGCAAUCACAUUCAUUUGACAAAUUGCAUUCACUUGAAGCACCAUAUGCAUAAGCAUAGUCCCAUCUUGGCUGAUAGGGCCCUUAUGAGGGACCUUGUUGUCCUUCAGAGAUCAAGGUCUCUAAGGGAUCCUUCUGCAAGUCCACCCUCAUGGCAUUCUCCUUCUAUUGUGGACGCGCUUCUCAAAAGAGUGGAAAGGGAUGACUUGGUCAGUGGAAGACGAUCUGUCGGCAUAGAGCGCCCAAGAGAGUGUGCAAAAAUGUCAGGAAGCUUCCCUCCGAUUAUCAGUGCACCAGUGUCGGAAGCUGCAACUGGUCAGGUAAGCAGGCAUUAUGAGGGUGCAGCAGCAGCUGUAAGUGAACCUAGUAGCAAGGAUGGGAUUCGCGAACGCAGGAGAGCCAAAAGAGAAGAACCAAGUGGAAGAUUUCCAAGAACUGAUGCAAUGUUUUGGAAGGAUGACGGUCCACAAGAUGGAAACAAUUUGGCCCGCGACAGUGUUUCUGGAAACUCUGAAUUUAGAGACAAGGGUGUCAAGAUGAAAGGAGGCCAUAGACACGAUAGGCACCUCAAGACCCUCUCUGACCAGUUAAAAGAUGUCCCAGGUGAAAGUGAUGAUGCAGCUUCAUCUCGUAAUCAUGGAAAUGGGCGGCUUAGCCAUAUAGAAAAAAUUGCUGAAGAAGCAGGAGCAAGCGUUCGCCAUGGGAAUAGUCUGAAUAGAGGAAAAAGGCGCAGGUUUCGAGGUGCGAGAAGAAAUCGGCCUUCUGUAGCUGCCCGAGAUGCUGAAACACAAAAUGAAAUGUCAGUGGCCUCUAAUUCAUUUGGUCAUGGUAGAGCGCCCCAGAAAUAUCACAUGGAGGAGGGAGUCCACGAGUACGAUGAUCAGAAUGUCAAUGGUGUUCCUAGAAAUGGCUGUGGUAUUCCUUGGAACUGGUCAAGAAUUCAUCACAGAGGGAAGUCAUUUCUUGACAUGGCCGGCCGGAGCCUUUCUUGUGGUUUAUCUGAAUCAAGGUUGAGGAAAGGUUCUCGAGGCAUGGAUAUGCCCGACAUGCCUGUCAUGUCAGAACACUCAAGUUCAUCUACUAAAUCUCACGGCGAAGCAUUGCCUCUAUUGCUUGAUGCCUCUGGGUCUCAGGGCAGCAUUGAUCACGCCGCUUGGCACCAUGAUUAUUCUGGAGAGUUGGGGAUUUUUGCUGACAAUUUGCUAAAGCAGGAAACCGACUCUGACCUUGCAUCGGAAGGUAGAUCUCGUGAGCAACACAAAUUUCGAAAGAAUCGCAAUGAAAGGCAUCAAAAUCUCACUCAAAAAUACAUGCCAAGAACCUUCAGAGAUUUGGUGGGUCAGAACUUGGUGGUACAGGCUCUCUCCAAUGCUAUUGUAAAAAGAAAGGUUGGGUUGCUCUAUUUGUUUUAUGGGCCUCAUGGAACCGGUAAAACUUCAUGUGCACGUAUAUUUGCCAGAGCUUUAAAUUGCCAGUCCGUAGAGCAUCCAAAGCCUUGUGGAUAUUGCAACUCUUGCGUUGCACAAAACACGGGGAAGAGCCGCACUGUUAGGGAAAUAGGCCCAGUUAGUAAUAUUGACUUUGAAAGCAUAAUUGAACUUGUAGAUCAUGUGAUUGCUUCCCAGCUUCAAUCUCAAUACAGAGUCUUCAUUUUUGAUGAAUGUGACACUUUGUCUUCUGAAUGUUGGAGUGCAAUAUUGAAGGUCAUUGAUCGAGCCCCUAGGCGUGUCGUUUUUGUCCUUGUUUGCUCAAGUCUUGAUGCGUUACCUCAUGUAAUAAUAUCCAGGUGCCAGAAAUUCUUCUUCCCAAAGUUGAAGGAUGCAGACAUAAUAUAUACUUUACAGUGGAUAGCGACCAAAGAAGAUUUAGAAAUUGAUAAGGAUGCCCUGAAGCUUAUCGCGUCAAGGUCAGAUGGAUCUCUCAGGGAUGCUGAGAUGACUUUGGAACAACUGAGUUUGCUUGGAAAGAGAAUUUCUCUUGGCCUGGUACAGGAGCUGGUUGGACUUAUUUCAGAUGAGAAGUUAGUAGAUCUACUUGAUUUAGCAUUAUCUGCUGACACUGUCAACACAGUGAAGAAUCUGAGAGAUAUCAUGGAAUCUGGUGUGGAGCCAUUAGCAUUAAUGUCGCAGCUGGCUACAGUCAUAACUGAUAUUCUAGCUGGAAGCUAUGAUUUCAUGAAAGAAACGCCUAGGAGGAAGUUUUUCCGGCGGCAAGCACUAUCCAAAGAAGAUAUGGAAAAAUUGCGUCAAGCACUGAAAACAUUGUCUGAAGCAGAAAAGCAGCUGAGGGUCUCAAAUGACAGGAUAACUUGGCUAACGGCCGCACUGCUGCAACUGGCCCCAGAUCAACAGUACAUGCUACCCAGUUCCUCUGCAGAUACCAGUUUCAAUCAUAGCCCCAUAGUCUUAAAUAAUGCUUCUGUAAGAGAGAGACCCAGAAAAAGCAAUGCUGAAAUGCCGACUUUUCAAGCUGGAACUUCUGGGAAUGUUUAUUAUAAUGCUAAAUUUAAGGGUGUUGAUAUGGAUGGAAAUGAACAUGAUGGAGGUGGGGUGAUUUCUCAACAGGUCUACAUUGCUUCGAAUGAUAAAGAUCAGAUAAAUAAGGUUCAAUUACAAGGUAUGCUUCGCAAGGAAAUUGAAAGAAUUUGGCUAGAAGUGCUUGAAAAUAUCCCAAUCAAUAGCAUAAAAGAGUUCAUGUAUCAGGAAGCAAAGCUGAUCUCCGUCAGCUAUGGUGCAGCUCCGACUGUGCAAUUACUGUUCAACUCAGAGCUGACAAAAUCUAAGGCAGAAAAAUUUAGGUUGCACAUUCUACAAGCAUUUGAGACUGUUCUUAGAUCUCCAGUGACCAUUGAGAUCAGAUGUGAAUCGAGAAAAGAUGCUGGAGGCGGUCCAAUUCUGUUACCAGCGGCUCAGGAUUCUAUAACAAGUCAUGAUGAUACCAGAAGACCCCAGAAUAGAGUUGCUUCACUGUCUGGAGUCAAUAGGAGAGAAAUUAUUGAAAUUGAAUCUUCACCCAGAGACAAGGCUGACUCUGAUAGGCGAAAUAUUGAUAAUGCAGUCGGAGCAACAUCUAAACAAAAGACAUCUACUACUUUAGGUGAUAAAAACCAGAGUCUAAGCCUUGUUAGAAGCAAAGUAUCCCUUGCUCAUGUUAUUCAGCAGGCAGAGGGAUGUUCUCAACAUAGUGGAUGGUCAAGGCGGAAAGCAGUUUCAAUCGCUGAAAAGCUGGAACAAGAAAAUCUGAGAUUAGAACCAAAAUCAAGGGCAUUGCUUUGUUGGAACCCUCCAAAAGGAACCCGCCGAAAGCUUUCACGCUUGAAGAUUAGAACGAGGAAGCCACAAACUUUGCUGAAAUACGUCUCAUGCGGAAGGUGUGUUUCCGGUGGGUCUCCAAGGUCGAGGUAAUCCCAGUAACCGUAUCGGACUGUCUAAAAAGGGCUCGGCUUCAAACCGCAGAUCAGCAAUGUUAGUUAGAUUCAUUCAGUCAUUGUACUUGCUGUUUAGGUCUUUCAUUAGACAAUUC